AUAUUGUUGGAGAUGCCUGACAGUGAAGCUGUUUAUCAACCCACGACUGUCGGUUACACCUAUGAAAAUGGUGGUGAUAGUCAUGAGGGUGGACCCAGGUUAAGGAAUGGAUUCUCCAGGAUUAUGUUCAGACAUAAAGUCAGCACCAGAAAGUGGCUAGAGUGGGUUUUGUUGUCGGUUGCACUUUGUGCUACUGUUGCUGGGUUCACUACACUCGUUGUCAAUCUUGUGGCAUCUGAUGGAGUACCUGUGCCUAAUAAUAGUACUCAGGCCGAUAGUAAACCCCAGUCUGAUCCAAAUGGCGGGACUAAAGUUGAGGACAAGACCUCAACAGACCCUUCACGUGGAUCUCUAGCCGUUGGCGCUUGCAUAACUCUUCUUGGUGUUGCUAUGGGAGCCCUGUGGAUUUGGCUACGAUUUUUCCGACAUGGAGGCAAGUCCCAAAGAGGAGGGAUCAGCCGUGCCAGUGGACAGAUGUUGGGCGGUUUGAAUCCAUCAACUGACUUGCUGGUGGGUUCCACUUCGCAGUACGGGCCAGUACUCACAGAGGUGCCCAGUCAAAUGACAGUCAAGCAGAUUGUCAAUGACAAUCGAUCUCUCCCGCUGUCUGAUCAGGAGGAGGAGACCUACACCCUAAUGGAGGACGCCAGUAUCAAUUUCAAGAGGAGUGACAAUGCACAAGAGAGUAAUAAUCAGAACACAGGCUGAAUUCUCGUUCGCUGAGGCUGAGGAAAUCCUUCUUUUUGAAUUUCAAUUAAAUUUUUUCAUCUUUCGUGACUUUUUUUUCGAUUUUUUCCAUUUUCGAAUGAGCUAGGAUGAAGGUCUUUAACAUUAAAUCAAUAUUUUUUUUAACAGAUUAAUAAUGAAUUAUUAAUAAACGUAAUUUCAUCUGAACUACGAUGAAAUAAUUGUAAAAAAGACUAGAAUCUCCUCAAGACUCAUGUGCAUUACCUUUCCGAAAUAAUGCGAAUGGACACAGAACGAAAAACUCUUCGUCAAUCAAGAAAUUUGUUUUCUAAUACGAAGAAUUUUUUUUUCAACAUCAGAAGGGUUUUUCUUUCCGUGAAAAUCAGUGGAUUUCUUGAGAGAAUUAAAAUAAUGUAAAUGUAGAUUCGCUCACCCUGCAGAUGCAACAUUACGAUGCUUUACAUCCCGACGGAUAUCGAGCAGUUGAAGUAAUAACUUGAAAAACUCUUCCUCGAUAAAGACAUUAUAUUUUUUUCAAUAGAUUAUAGACGAGCCACAAUAUUGAAAGAAUAUUUUCCAAGUGUUUUAAUCACUCUCGAUGGUUGUCUAAAUAAUUUUCCGGUUUUUGAGGACAGAUUACUGAGUUAAAAGGCAAGUCAGUAAGGAGAAACUGACUUUUAGUAUUCGUUUGCGACUUUUUGUGAAAAUUGUGAAGAAAAAAAAUCUAAAAACUGAUUGAAAUUCACAGUAAUCUGGCCUCAAUCGUAGAUUUCGUUAAUUAGAGAGUAGAAAGCUCUGUGAUCCCGUGGAAGCGAGUCAUCGCGGCCCAAUGCACAACGACGAAAAAAAAAUUAAAAUUACAUUUGAAAAAAAUGAAACUGAGGUAUCGAACGAAAUUCCCCUCGUGUACUGAGUGCGUGCAGUUGACAGUUUUUUAAAAUUAUUUUUUGAUAUGAUACCGGGAGAUAACCAGAACUUCUUUCGAGUUUAUUUCAUUCCGUCCAUUUAAACAAAACUUAUACAAUUGGGUCGAGCUUAACGAAAAUACCUUCCAACUAUUUCAAUAGUUGCUGAGUUUUCAAUUACGGCAAUCGCUAUUGAACAUUAUUGUCAUUAUUUUUAAUGUUACGUUGUGGUUAAUUUUAUUAUUGAAGUUAUGUACAAUUAUACCUUGGAUAUAUGAACGCAAAUAAAGACUGAGUGAGUGAAUGAGAAA